UAAAGUAUAUACCCGUGCCACGUUAUUUAAGGCUAUUCGCAAGAAAAAGCAAAGAAGGAAGAGAAUGAUCGGGUCCGAAGCUCCCAUUAACGUCUUCAUGGUGUCCUUUCCAGCACAAGGCCACAUAAACCCUUUGCUAAGACUAGGUAAGUUCCUCGCUGCAAAGGGUUUGUUCGUAACCUUUGCCACCUCAGAGACCGCUGGUAAAGACAUGCGAACCGCUAACUCCAUCAGUGACACAUCAGUGACUCCAGUUGGUGAUGGUUUUCUCAAGUUCGAUUUCUUUGAAGACGGUUUAGCAGAUGAUGAUCCCAUUAAGAAAGAACUCAGUGAUUACUGUGCUCAUCUUGAGCUUGUUGGGAAGCAAUACGUUUCCCACAUGAUCAAGAAGCAUGCUGAGGAAAACAACCCAAUAUCAUGUAUCAUAAACAACCCUUUUCUUCCAUGGGUUUGUGGUGUAGCUGCUGAACAUGGUAUUCCUUCUGCUUUGCUUUGGAUUCAGUCUAGUGCUGUUUUCACCGCAUAUUAUAGUUAUUUCCACAAACUGGUACGUUUCCCGUCACACGAUGAGCCUUAUAUUGAUGUUCAUUUGCCUUCUAUAGUCCUUAAGUAUAAUGAAGUCCCAGAUUUUCUGCACCCGUCUAGUCCAUAUCCAUUUCUUGGGACACUCAUAUUGGAACAGUUUAAGAACUUGUCCAUACCGUUCUGCGUGUUGGUGGACACCUUUGAGGAACUAGAGCAUGAUUACAUCAACUAUAUUUCAAAGUUUGUGCUUAUGAGACCCAUCGGUCCUUUGUUCAAAAACCCAAAAGCAAAAGGAUCGAGAGAUAUACGUGGUGAUUUCAUGAAGAGUGAUGAUUGUAUGGAGUGGUUGAACUCGAAGGACUCAGCAUCUGUGGUGUAUAUCUCUUUUGGAACUAUUGUGUUUCUGCCUCAAGAACAAGUGACUGAGAUUGCACAUGGACUUCUGGAGUCUAAAGUCUCAUUUUUGUGGGUGAUAAAGCCACCUCUUUUGGAAUUGGGGCUUCAGCCUCAUGUUCUGCCAGAUGGGUUCUUGGAGGGAACAAGAGACAAAGGAAAAGUGGUGCAGUGGAGCCCACAAGAAGAAGUGCUGGCUCAUCCUUCCGUGGCAUGUUUUAUGACACAUUGUGGCUGGAACUCUUCAAUGGAAGCACUAACAUUGGGAGUGCCGAUGUUGACAUUUCCAGCAUGGGGUGACCAAGUCACAAAUGCAAAGUUCUUGGUAGACGUUUAUGGGGUAGGGAUUAAGUUGGGUUAUAGUCAGUCUGAAAAGAAAGUGGUAAGCAGAGAAGAGGUGAAGAAGUGCUUGUUGGAAGCAAUUGUCGGGCCAAAAGCAGAGGAGUUGAAGCGAAACGCGUUGAAGUGGAAAAGGGUUGCAGAGGCUGCAGUGGAUGACGGUGGGUCCUCUGACGGACAUCUUGAUGCAUUCGUGGAGGAUGUGAAAAGACGUGGCGCUUUUGGCAUCAACAAGAUAUAACGACCUUGAUGCUAUGAUGUACAAUCAUCCGAAAGAAAUAAAUUCCUUAGUGCCAUGUCUUAUUUGGGGUGGAAUUGCCAAAUUAAAUGCGGGCUGACCCGUGAUGCUAAAAUGUCCCGCUUCCAAUUUCCAUCUAAGACGAUUAAAUGUUCUGUAUUCUUCUGUACUAUUUAGGGACCGGAGCAUUUAGUGCAUUUUUUCAAAAAUGAAAACAAUGUAGUUAGAUCAGAAUCUACAAAAUCCACUUUUAUUUUACUAAAAAUAGAUUCGUUUAAAAUUAUGUAAUAUAGUAGCUGAUAGCACCGCCUCAAGAAAGUGAAACUCCCGACAGACAGAGUGCCUUGCUCUCUGUUAGGGUUCCAUAUCUCCGGACGGUGGUGGCUCCUCAAGCCCUGCAAAGGAUAUGAUAUUUUCACAACGUCAUCUCUUGAGUUUCCCUCAAAAUCCCGCAUUCAUAGAGCGACCUAAAGCAAAGAAACGCUCAACUGAGUAAACAGAUAUAAUGGUCCAAAGCAAGAAAAAGGUUUGAAUGGAACUCUCCCUUCAACAUUCCAGCCCUAAAGGGAAUAUGCAAGACAAUAAAGAUUUUGGAAACUCAGGAAAUAAGGUGUCAUCUAACCCUAACCUUAAUUCAUACUCUAAAGAUAAGGUUUUUGCGUCUAAAGACCUAGAUCUAUUUCUUGAUGAUAAUGAGAUAACAAAAUCAAUCUUAGAUGACUUUGAUAUUCUCUUAGAUAAUGAUAAAAACGAUACU